AUGAGUGAUGUCGUACCUAUGGACUUCUUCUGUUUAGCAUUAAUGGUUGGCACUAUUGCGGAUACGAUGAAGCAGAUAUUGACUGUAGAGCCCUUCCGACCCAUACUUGAUGUCUUGAAGCAGAUCGAAGAGGAAGAUCCUGAGCUUGUAUGUUGGGCUGCACGUCUCGUGGCGUACGUUCGGUGUUUGUGGGAUUCUUGUGUAUCCAAACAUAUAGAUAUUCAGCAGCUCGAAGAAGAAAAUAAAAAGCUGCGGAGCGGGAAUAUUCAGCUAUACAACGAUGGAAACCAGUUGAAGCAAUGCUAG